GUUCUGGUUCCCCGCGGGGUGGGCUAACGCCGUCUCGCGUCUCCCCGCCCGCGAGGUCCGAGUGCGCGCGCGCCCCCACGGAGUCCCGCCCGCUCGGGAGCGCACAAAAGCUCGCGGCCGCGCGAGGCGUGGUGCGGCGUCACGUGACUGGGGGCUGGCGGCUGCAGUCGCCUCAGUCACUCUGCGGGAGCGGCCGCGGCCGGUGCGGGAGAUCCGACUGCAGUCGGGAGCGGAGGUUCAAAUAAGCCUGCUUCUCUGGGAUGUGAAAAGAAUCUGCAACCAGAAAGUUGUUGCCAAUACCUUGGUGCAGAGCCUUGGGGCAGACAGAAGAGCCAGGAAUAAAAUCAUCUGACAUAGAGUAAGAUGGCCAUGCUGCAGGACUCAUUUUCAUUUGGAGAUUUAUCUGUGGACUUCACCCGGAAGGAAUGGCAGCUGCUGGAUCCUCAUCAGAAGAAAUUAUACAGGGAUGUCAUGUUGGAGAACUAUAGCAGCCUAGUGUCACUGGGGUAUAAGGUUGUGAAACCAGAUAUCAUCUUCAAGUUGGAGCAGGGAGAAGAGCCUUGGAUAGGAGAUAGAGAAGUUCCCUGUUCAGAUUCUACAGAAAAAGUCUGGCAAGUGGAUCAUCUCAUGAUGUGGCACCAGGAUAACCAAGACAAACUUAAAAAUAUGAGAAAAGAUUAUGAAUGUGAUGCAUUUGGAAAAAAUUUGAGCGUGAACACUGUUACUUUAAGGAAAUCAAACAGUGAGAGUGACUUAAGUGGAUUGAUUUUAAAGCAUCAUUUGGACUUGCUAAUACCAGAAACAGAUUAUGGGAGAAUAGAGUCAGAUGAUUUUACUGUGUUUGAUAAAUUGUUUCUUCCUAGCAAGCCUGAGGGAGCUGAUAGAUGGUUCAAACACUGUGAAUUUGCUAAAUGCAAUCAUGAGAGCUGCAGAAAGUCCCAGAUUGUCAUAUAUCACAGAACUCGUUUAGGAGAGAAGCUCUACGAAUGCAGUCAGUGUAGGAAACGCUUUAGUAAGAAAUCAAGUCUCAUUAGACAUCAGAACAGACAUGUCAGAGAAAUAGCCUAUGGCUGUGGUAACUGUGGCAAAACCUUUCUCCAGAAGUCACAGUUUGUGACACAUCACAGAACUCAUACAGGAGAGAAACCAUACGAUUGUAGCCAGUGUGGGAAAGCCUUCUCUCAGAAGUCCCAGCUCACAUCCCAUCAGAGGACACAUACAGGCGAGAAACCCUAUGAAUGUGGAGAGUGUGGAAAAGCAUUCUCCCGGAAGUCUCAUCUCAUAUCCCAUUGGAGGACACACACAGGAGAAAAGCCCUAUGGAUGCAAUGAAUGUGGGAGAGCCUUCAGUGAAAAGUCAAAUCUGAUUAACCAUCAGAGAAUUCACACAGGAGAGAAACCUUUUGAAUGCAGGGAUUGUGGGAAAGCCUUUAGCAGGAAGUCACAACUUGUUACACAUCACAGAACUCAUACAGGAACAAAGCCCUAUGGAUGUAGUGAUUGCAGAAAAGCCUUCUUUGAGAAGUCAGAGCUUAUUAGGCAUCAGACCAUCCAUACUGGAGAGAAACCUUACGAAUGCAGUGAAUGUAGGAAAGCAUUUAGGGAGCGGUCAAGUCUCAUUAAUCAUCAGAGAACUCAUACAGGAGAGAAACCCCAUGGGUGCAUCCAGUGUGGGAAAGCCUUCUCCCAGAAGUCCCAUCUCAUAUCACAUCAGAUGACACACACAGGGGAGAAGCCAUAUGUAUGCAGCAAAUGUGGGAAAGCUUUCAGUAGGAAAUCUCAGCUUGUUAGACACCAGAGAACUCAUACAGGAGAAAAGCCCUAUGAAUGCAGUGAAUGUGGAAAAGCUUUCAGUGAAAAACUAAGUCUCACUAACCAUCAGAGAAUUCAUACAGGAGAAAAACCCUAUGUGUGCAGUGUGUGUGGGAGAGCUUUUUGUCAGAAGUCGCAUCUCAUAUCACAUCAGCGGACACACACAGGAGAGAAACCCUAUGAGUGCACUGAGUGUGGGAAAGCCUUUGGUGAGAAAUCAAGCCUUGCAACACAUCAGCGAACACACACAGGAGAAAAGCCCUAUGAAUGCAGGGACUGUGAAAAGGCCUUCUCCCAGAAGUCACAAUUGAACACUCACCAGAGAAUCCACACUGGGCAGAAACCCUAUGAAUGUUUUUGUGGGAAAGCUUUUUUUGAGAAGUCAGAGCUGAUUAGACAUCAGAGAACUCAUACGGGAGAAAAGCCAUUUGAAUGUAAUGAAUGUAGAAAAGCCUUUAGGGAGAAGUCAAGUCUCAUUAAUCACCAGCGAAUACAUACAGGAGAGAAGCCCUUCGAAUGCAGUGAGUGUGGUAAAGCCUUCUCUCGAAAGUCACAUCUUAUACCUCAUCAGAGGACACAUACAGGUGAGAGACCUUUCGGAUGCAGUGACUGUCGGAAGGCCUUCUCUCAGAAAUCACAACUUGUCAAUCAUCAGAGAAUUCAUACUGGAGAGAAGCCGUAUGGAUGCAAUGAAUGUGGGAAAGCCUUCUCACAGAAAUCACAGCUCAUUAAUCAUCAGAGAACUCACACAGAGAGGAAAUCCUAGGGAUGGAGUUUAUGGAGGUCAUGCAGGAUUUUGUGCAGGGCAUGCCUUCAGCAUCAUUGCAGAGUGGAGUAAGCUGAGCAUGCAGUGGAUCUCAGCCUUUCACACCCUAGUCGAGCCUUACAGAGGAGGAAAUUGCAUCAAAGUGACGUAAUCCUCAUACUUCUUAUCUUAUCUGAGACCUUCCCAGAGGUCAUGUUUCACUAAUCAUUAUAAAUAUUCCCACAAGGGGUGAGGGAAAGUUCUAUAGAACCAGCAAGGGAGGCUGUAUUUUUAUCAAGAAGUGACAGUUAACUGUAUGUGAAGAAGUAGUAAA